CCCCGCCCCCCCUGGUGUCUACAUCCGGCCACACCCCGGAAGAACCUCGGGUCCCAUAGUUAGUGUGGGCAAAUGCCCCGCGCCUAGCAACCGGUACCCAAGGACGCUGACCUCUGACCUGGGUUUCUAUAUCCGGUGCCCUUUGACCUCUCUCCUCACUAAGGAAGCGGGGUGGGGGACGGGGUGUUCCGAGGAGCCGAGCGCCAGGUAAAGGGAGGAGCUCCGUAGUGCCUCUCCUGCCCCGGGCCUGGGGGCUGCAGGUGUGAUCUCCAACCUCAUGGAAGCAGGGAAAAGCCCUUCAAAGUCCCCAGUCAGGAGAAAGCGGAGGCGAUCUCAGCGGCUCCUCAGCCGUGCAGCUGUUCCCCUGGAGUUCUACCGCUGCGACAUCUGCAAGAAGGACAUCAAGCACCUCUCCAACUUCCAGGAGCACCAGCGCAUCCACACGGGCGAGCGGCCCUACCACUGUGAGACCUGCCAGAAGAACUUCAUCCGCUGCGCUGACCUCAUUAAACAUCGCCUGGUCCACUCGGACAAUCGGCCCCACUGCUGCGAUGCCUGUGGCAAGCACUUCAAGCUGGCUGGGGACCUAGCCAAGCACAGCAAGGUCCAUUCGGACGAGGCGCCCUUCAAGUGCGACGUGUGCGCCAAGCGCUUCAAGCGCACGUCCUGCCUCAUCAAGCAUCUCCGCAUCCACACUGAGGAGAAGCCUUUCAAGUGCUCCCAGUGCAGCAAGAGGUUCAAAUGGGAAGCCUCAGUCAAGGAGCAUCAGCGCAUCCAUACAGGCGAGAGGCCUUUCAAGUGUGAGCACUGCCCCAAGAGCUUCACCCACUUGUCCACCUUCCUGCAGCACAAGAGAACUCACCAGGACCAGAAGCAGUUCCGCUGCAAAUGCUGCUCCAAGUCCUUUAACCACAAAUCCAACCUACUGAAGCACCAGCGCACGGUACAUGGCUAG